AUGCGGGUCGACAUACUAUGGGAUCUCGGACGCAACAUCAUCGUUACAUCAACCGGAAACCAGAGCAAAACGUCUCCGUCUCAUGCGCUCGCUUCAGGCUUCCCCUGGGACCUGCCUAACUGUAUUCGGACUCAACGCACUCCCCGGGUUGCUUCAACCUCCUCAUCCAGUGCAGUCACCGAUCCAGCUGCAAUGGCUUCUUCAGAUCUCCUCUCGCAUUUGUCUGCGACUGACCGAGCUCUCUUCUGGAAGUACGGCGUAGGAGCCGAGGUGUCUGUCCCGUUCCAGUGCGUUCACCACGCAUUCGAGUUCCACGCCAAAAGCAACCCGCAACUCACUGCGGUUGAUGAACUCGGGACGACCCUUUCCUACGGCGAGCUGGAUCGCAGGGCGAACUGCCUGGCAUCUCGCCUUCGCUCGGUUGGCGUUGUUCAGGGCUCCCGCGUAUGCAUGCUCGUCGAACGCGCCGUAACCCUCCCCGUAGCAGUUUUGGGCAUUCUAAAGGCUGGUGCAGCAUACAUCCCCCUUGACGGAAACAUUGUCUCCGACAGCACCUUGAAGCACGCUCUUGUCGACUCGGGUUCGACGGUCGCCCUCACCUUGCGCAAGUUCGAGCACCGUCUCGAAGGUGCCCCUGUUCCCGUCGUCUUCUUGGACGAUGCCAUCUGCCCCAGCUACAACCCCAGCCACUGUGUGAAGCCUCGCGACACCACCACCUCAAAGGACUCCGUAUACAUCAUCUACACUAGCGGGACCACUGGUACUCCAAAGGGCGUCCACGUUACACAUGGAAACGUUACCAAUCUUAUCUGCAUCGAGCCUGGUCAGUUAGGCAUGAAGCCUGGUGUUCGUGUCUCUCAGAUGUUGAACAUCUCUUUCGAUUUCGCUGCAUGGGAAAUCCUCGGCUCUCUCGCCAACGGCGCUACUUUGUGCCCCCGAGGAAAGACAUCCAAGGACUGGAAAGCUGUGAUGAGGAGCGUUGACAUCCUCUUUUCGACACCCUCUAUGUUGGCCCCUCAUAACCCGGUCGACUAUCCUAAUGUCAAGACCGUCGUUGUCGCUGGAGAGGCAUGCCCCAAAGCUCUUGCUGAUACCUGGGGCGCUCGAGUCAAGUUUUGGAAUGCAUGUGGUCCGACUGAGGUCACCAUCGCGAACACCAUGCAAUUGCACAUACCGGGAGAUAUUGUCACGAUUGGUGGGCCGACCCCAAACAAUACGGCAUAUGUUCUGGACGAGAACAUGCGGCCAGUGCCAAUUGGGCAGACCGGAGUUAUGUGGGGAGGGGGAGCUGGGAUUACAAAGGGCUACCUCAACCUGCCCGACAAGACCAGUGAACGUUAUGUUCGAGAUCCGUUCGCCAACGAUGGAUCGAUGAUGUUCAACACCGGGGACUUGGGGAAAUGGGUCUCUAAUGGCACCUUACAACACCUUGGUCGUAUUGACAAUCAAGUCAAGAUCAAAGGCUUCCGCGUGGAACUUGACGGAGUUGCAACUGCAAUGGAGACCUGCGCAGGUGUUACAGGUGCUACUGCCCUUCUCAUCGACGGAGAGCUCUGGGGAUUCGUAAAACCAUCCAACAUCUCACCUGAGGACAUCAAGGCCGCCGCGCACAAGGUCCAGCCUUACUACGCCGUUCCUUCGAAGAUCCUGACCAUGGACCACUUCCCCGAGACAGCGAAUGGCAAAACUGAUAAGAGAGUCCUUCAGCAAAUGGCCAUAGAGUCCAAGGAAGAGGAAGCCAAGCUCAAGGAAGAGAAGGCUGCCAUUCCCGAGAAUGUCGCCUGGAUCAGCUUGCCUCCCACCGUCGUCACCGCUCCCAAGACCGAGCUCACCAUCCCCCACCGGCCAUCCGACCACAGUCUCGGCUCAACCAACACCAAGAUCAGUGCCCAGGUCAAGGAAGCCGACUCUUCAGCUUCUUCGACCUCCGAGCUCGAGAAGCAGGAGUAUAUUUGGUCUGGCUACCAAGAUGACGACCACCCAGAGAAGACGCAAGGAAGACUGGUUCGAAACCUCCGUCAUCAAAUCUUCUCUCUCUACAGGCGACUCUUCAGUGUGGUUUUCAUCGUCAACGCUGCCAUCCUCAUUUGGAUCUGUGUCAAGAAGGAGUACGAUGCCAACAGGAUUGGUGGAAUUGUCAUUGCGAACGUCUUCAUUGGUGUUCUGAUGCGACAAGAGCUCGUCAUCAACACUUUCUUCCUGAUCUUCACCUCUAUUCCGUCCUCUUGGCCUUUGUUUAUCCGUCGCACAGCUGCCAGGGUCUAUCACAUCGGCGGUAUACACUCCGGCGCUGGUGUCUCUUCGCUUCUAUGGCUGUGCUUGUUCACUGCUCAAGCGACGAAGGAAAUGAUCAACGGCGGCAAGACAUCUGUUCGGACUGUGGCAAUCACCUAUGUCAUCCUGGCCGAACUCCUUGGUAUCGUCAUCUUCGCAUAUCCUGCUUUGCGCAAGAGACUCCAUGAUACCUUCGAAAACACCCAUCGCUUCCUCGGAUGGUCGGCUCUCGCCUUGGUGUGGGUUCAAUUCAUGUUCCUCACCAUUGAUUACCUCCCCGAAGGUCAGAUGCUCGGUCAGACCUUGGUCAAGACCCCUCAAUUCUGGCUCGUCAUCAUCCUCACUUGCUCCGUUAUCUGGCCCUGGUUCCGUCUGCGCAAAGUUGAUGUCAAACCCGAGGUCCUCUCCAACCACGCCGUCCGUCUUUGGUUCGACUACGGUGUUACUCCGCCUGCUGGUACCUUCAUGCGAGUCUCCGAUGCUCCUCUGAAGGAAUGGCACGGCUUCGCGGCCAUCCCCAUCCCUGGCAGGACAGGUUACUCUCUCGUUGUCUCUCGCGCUGGUGAUUGGACCUCCAAGCACAUCGCCAACCCACCCACCAAGCUCUGGGUCAAGGGCGUUCCCACUUACGGUGUCCUGAAGCUUGUCCCCAUGUUCCGCCGCAUGGUCAUCGUCGCCACCGGAUCUGGUAUCGGUCCAUGUGCCCCCGCCAUCUUCGAGAAACGCAUCCCCAUGCGAGUCUUGUGGACUGCUCCCAAUGUCCGCGAGACUUUCGGUGACAAGCUUGUCGACUCCAUCCUUGAGGCUAACCCCGAGGCUGUUAUCUAUGACACUCGCAAACACGGCAAACCCGAUAUGGUCAAGUUGACCCUUCGUCUCGUCAAGGAGUUCAACGCCGAGGCUGUCGCAAUCAUCUCUAACCAACCUCUCACUGAGAAGGUUGUCUACGGAAUGAUGAGUAGAGGCAUCCCCGCCUUCGGCGCCAUCUGGGACUCCUAA